AUGGGUAAAGGUCAUAAAGAUCGACGACGAGAAAAACGAGCUCGUGAAAUGGAAGACCAUGAUAAAGAUGAACGUUUAUUAAAAGAAGAAUUGGAAAAAGAAAAUGAAGAGCGACUAAUUAAUGAAAAAUUAAUUGAAACAUCAUCAGAUACAACAGAUUCUGGACAUGGUAGUAGUAGUAUUACAACAUCAACUGAUUCAUUACAAUUAUCAAAAAAUGAUCAACAAGAUGAAUUAAUAGAAAAUAAAAAACGACGAUCAUUAAUAAAAGGUCUUUAUAAUAUUGGUAAUACAUGUUUUUUUAAUGUUAUUAUUCAGUCCCUUGCUCAUAGUUCAUUAUUAAUUGAUGCUAUGUAUCAAACAAUACAUAUUUUAAUACAUAAAUAUGAAAAAAAAAGUUCAUCCAUGAUAACUGCUCAACUAAUGAAUGUAUUUGAUCAAUUUACAUCUGAUGAACGAAAAAAACCAAGUAUUGAUCCAAAGCCAUUAUUUAACUGUCUUAUUCAAAAAAUACCAUCUUAUAAAGGAUAUGAUCAACAUGAUAGUCAUGAACUAUUUAUGAAUCUUAUGUUGAUAUUACGUGCAGAAGAAAUUCAAUUAAAACAAUUAGAACAAAGACGACCUAUUAACUGCGAAAAUGAUGAUGAUCUGUCAAAAAUGUUUUGUUUAAUUGGUUGUAAUGAACCAUAUACAACAUAUGAUUCCAUUUUCGGUGGUCAUUUACUUGAUGUUAUGACUUGUAAAAAAUGCGGCAAGUCAUUAAUGAAAAUUGAACCAUUUCUUGGUCUAUUAUUACCUUUAACUGAUCGAGUGUCACCAUCGGAAAAUUAUCGUAAUCGACGUAAACGUGAUGAUUAUACAGGAAAUAAAUCAAAAAAAGAACCAAAAAUUUUAUCACGAAAACAACAGAAAGCAUUAGCAAAACACGAAAAGAAAAAUAGUAGAAGAAGUGCUAGAGUUGCCUCCAGUAAAAUCAAAGGUCGACAAUCAGCAAAUACAAAAGUUGUUCAAGAACAAUUGCCACUUGAGGAACCAUCUCCUGUAGUUUCCACUGAAGAAAUAACUGUAACAAUUGAAGAGAAUGAAACAAAAGAGUCCGUUGAUAUAAAAACAGAUAAUCCUAAUCAAGAAGAAAAAGACCAACUAACUACUACAAACAAUGACAAAGAAGAAGAGGAAGCGGAAGAAAAGUCGAACAGUGACGAUAGUGAUGAAGAUGAAGAAGAAGAAGAAUCUAAAGGUCCUUUAACAACUGUUGAAUCAACUUGUGUACUUUCUGAUAUGGUUUCAAAAUUAACACUAAUUCAUGAAACAGCAUCUCGUCCAUUACCAUUUGUUGAUGAGAGUAUUGCCCAAAAAUUUUUAAGUUGUCCCAAAGCAACAAAUGAUGCAGUGAUAACAAAUGAAACAGACGAUAUAAAAACAUUAGAACAAUGCUUUCAAAGAUAUUUUAAACCUGAAACACUUUCCGGCGAGAACCUAUUCGAUUGUUAUUAUUGUCGAUCAUUAGAUCAAUCACAAAAGAAAGUAUUAACAGAAGCAGUUCGUCAAACAGUAUUCUUUCAAUUGCCACCAAUAUUACCAGUUUUUCUUAAAAGAUUUCAAAUGUUCAAUUCUCAUAGUGAAAAAAUUAAUAAAUAUAUUGAAUUUCCUCUUCGACUUGAUCUAACUCAUCGUUGUUCAACUCAAAUAAUGUCGACUUCAGCAAUAUAUUCAUUGUAUGCUGUUAUUGAACAUUCUGGUACACUUCGAAGUGGUCAUUAUAUUGUUUAUAUCAAACAAUCAAUAAAUGAUAAUGAUUUAACAGAUAAACUAUAUUCAAAACCUAUAGAUUAUUUAUUUAAAAAUUUAUUUAAAAAUGCAACAGAUGAACAACCUAAUAGAAAUGAAGCGGUAGAUCCAUCAUGCCCACCACCAUCAUGGUAUUAUAUCAGUGAUAAUACUAUACAUAAAAUACCCGAAAGCAAAGUGCUUGAAGCUGAUGCUUAUGUUCUUUUUUAUCGAAGGAUUAACUAA